CCUUCUUCCCGACUGCCACGUAACUGCUAACGCUACGCAGGCGGCCGUGUCCCCGCUGCACUUCCUACCCGGCUCGGCUCACCCAAACACGGGGAACAGGGUUAAGAUUCAUACCGCUUACACGGACAAGGGGGAGUUAUGGGGGGAGCACAGAGCGUGGAGAUUCCUGGAGGAGGUUCUGAAGGAUACCAUGUCCUCAGGGUGCAGGAGAACUCGCCUGGACACCGGGCCGGACUUGAACCGUUCUUUGACUUCAUAGUGUCCAUCAAUAACACCAGACUGAACAAGGACAACGACACACUGAAGGAUCUGCUGAAGGCCAAUGUGGAGAAGCCUGUAAAGAUGCUGGUGUACAGCAGUAAGACUUUGGAGCUGCGCGAGGCCACGGUCACACCCAGCAACAUGUGGGGCGGUCAGGGGCUCCUGGGGGUCAGCAUCCGCUUCUGCAGCUUUGAGGGAGCCAAUGAGAACGUCUGGCAUGUGCUGGAAAUCGAGCCGAACUCUCCGGCUGCUCUGGCAGGACUGAGGCCGCACACAGACUACAUCAUCGGGGCCGACACUGUCAUGAAUGAGUCUGAGGACUUGUUCUCAUUGAUCGAGACACAUGAGGGUAAAGGAUUGAAGCUGUAUGUUUAUAACACAGACACAGACAGCUGCAGAGAAGUCGUCAUAACUCCUAACAGCGCCUGGGGUGGAGAGGGCAGUCUGGGCUGUGGAAUCGGCUACGGUUACUUGCACAGGAUUCCAACUCGACCGUUCGAGGAAGGGAAGAAGAUCAGCUUCCCCACACACACACCCAGUGCACCAGCAAGCCCACUGAAAGAUGGCUUCACUGAGGUUCAGCUCUCUGCAGUAACCCCACCUCCUGUUACACUGCCCGGCCCCACCGGACUUGAAGAUAGCCUGUCUGGGCUGUCAAUCAAUUCAGCUCCACCCACUAUGCCUACUGAACUUCAAACAGGUGUGCCCACAGUCCCCCUGCUGCCCACUCAGGUCACCCCGGCCAUGGGCACUCUGCCCUCGGUCAACCCCGCCUCUACGCUACCAGGGUUGAUGCCGCUACCUGCCGGCCUUCCACCGCUGCCCAACCUGCCCAACCUGAACAUCCCUCUCCCAGACCUCAGCGCGGUAACGUUAACGGGAAUCCCCGGCCUUCCUCCUUCCACCACAGGUUUGCCAACUCUGCCUCCCUUCGCCCCCCUAACUCAUCUCAACCUGCCCGGCAUGGCCCCAAUUCCCAGCAUGCCCGGCGUCCUGCCCUCCACUCUCCCCCCUACUCUCCCCCCAAUGCCCAGCAUGUCCCUUCCCCCUGAGCUCGCCCCGCUCGCCGCCCCGGUGACGUCCUCCCUGGCACCCCAUCAGACACCUGCGCUCAUCCUGGAUGCUACGCCGAACGCCGCUGCCGUGACCGAGAUGUCCGCAGAGACCCCCAUCGUCACGGCGACGAGCACGUGCGAGAUAAGCGGACACGCCCAUGUCACGGCAGAGUCGUCAUAACAACCAGGCUUUUUAUCUUCAUCCUAAAACAGGCCUGUCUCUCUCCUUCUCCACAUAUAUAUAGCUAUAUCUCCCCCUCUCCCUCACUCUGAUACCGUCUCAGAAAAUGUAUUUAUUCAGUCGAUAAAGAUCCAAAAUGGCUCAGGAGGACACGCUGAGAAGGACGGGGACGGAGAGUAUGAUGGGCGCAUGCGGUGAAAGAACAGGGUUUUAAAUCCAGAAAAAUCCAGAGGAGCCGAGUGUUAAAACGAAAGAUUUGUUCAUUCCAGUAGAAUUGAGAGUGAGAUUAGGCUUUAUAAUUGUUUUACAAGAUUCUGUACUACACAGCACUACAUAAUUUUUUGUUAGCUAACUUAAAUCUAAAUAUCAUACUACGUUCAAGAGCAAGUAAGGAUGCAAAUCUCACAGAGACUUGUGCUUUUAAUCGGCUUAAAAAAAAAAAUUGAAUAAUAAAACGUGGCGUUUAAGAAGUCCGCGACUCUGUAGAGCAAGGCUGCAUUAUUUUGCUGUUUAACACGAAACUGUUUCAAUAAUCUGAUUACUCAUUUUGAAUAUUGACUUAAAAUUAUAAUUAAAUCCGAAUUGUAAAUUGUACAGUAGAGUCUUUAAAUAAGCGUAGAAGCACUGGUUUUCCACCUUUAAAAAGAAAAACAAAUAUGUGCGCACAGCUUCUCUGGAUUUUGUCUUUCUGUUCCAUGUCUUUUUUUUUUUUUUUUUUUUUUUUCUUUUGCUGCUUUUGUUUUUUGUCACUUUUUCUUUAUUAUUAUUAUUUUUAAUUCUCUAACAGUACGGUUGCUAGAGUUAUAGUAUCACUAAAGCCGUUACAGGAUUGUAUGAUUCCCAUCUUGUGAUUAGACAUUUUAUUUGAAUUAAGAGUGUGUGUGUGUUUGGGUGCGUGUGUGAGAGAGGGAAUGUUAAGUGUCCUCUUCUUCUCAGUGAGCUCUUUCUGCUGAUUUAGAUGAACACCUACAGAAUCUUGUACACACUAUGUAGAGCAGUGAAUAAAGGGGAACUAUUUGAGCUUGUGCAGAAUUGAAAUGUUGACAAAAACACACAAGCAAUAAAGUAUGAGGUUUUACAGUAA